AACCAUGAGAACGAGGAUGGAGGUGGCACAGCUUGAGAGCAGGAUGAACACUGCGGACUACAGGAAGCUACAGGGCCUUUUCCUGGAUUCCUCAGGUGCACCUCGCUCUUUAUCCAGAACUGAAUUCAUCAAUCUGGCUUGGUCAUCAGUUGGUCGUGGCUCCAAGGAGGAAUAUGGCCUCCUGUUUGACAGCGUAGUUGUCACUCAGGAGCAUCGCGGCCUCCUUCUGGACAUCGACGCUGUGAAGGAAGAGGGACGUGUCGACUGGGGAGGCCUUUGUUCUUUUCUGCUACUGGAGCUUUCUGAUAAAGUGAAGAACACCAAAACCUCCAGCGCACCUUGCUGGAAGCCACCACGGACUUUGACCUGUCCACAUCGAGACCCUGUUCAAAAGGUGUUGUACCUGCAGAGCUCAGGUCAGUAUCUGACCGUGAGUAAAGGAGGAACCGUGGGGAUGCGGGACAGAGAGGACAUGUCCCUCCUGCACACACAUCGACUGCAAAACAGUACGGUCACACCCAAAGACCUCUGGGUCACAGACAUGGUGCUGCUGCACAACAUGCACAAGAUAGCCGUGUCUUUCACAAGUAAGGAGGUGUGUUUUUAUGACAUUCUGCCAAAACAAGACUUCGGCUGCAAGUAUAAACUCCAGGGUUUGACAUUUACUCCCUGGUGUCUAGACUACUGGGUGGAUCCCUUAAAUCCAGACCAGGCUGUCCUCACCAUAGGAGACAUCGGAGGACAGGUCAGUGCUUUGUAUUUUACCUCAGCUCAGAUCUCUCUGUUUGAGAGACUCAGUCAGAGGACGGACUCAGAUUCAGCAGGGAUCAUCCUGUGGGAGGAGCUGGUCAAAGGAAAGCAUUGCUCCUGUUACACUGUGACACACCAAGCGCACACACCUGCCUGGGUUAGAAAAGUACGUUACCUGGGCUCGCUGGAAGCCUUUGUGUCAUGUAGCACCAGACCACAGAGCAGCAUGGUGAUCGGCUGGAGGGAAAAGGAAAGCAGGAGUCUCCGAGUCACUUCUUUCUUUACAAAGAGGGGUGUGUGGGACAUGGACCACCACAGUGGACUUAAUCUGAUAGCCACAGCAGGUGUGGAUUAUCAGGUCUUGCUGUGGAACCCGUAUGUGACCUCAGAGCCGGUCUGUGCGCUCAGCGGGCACACGAGCCCCGUCACCGCAGUCCGCUUCAUGCAGACAAAGCAACAACUGCUCAGUUAUUCCAAAGAUAAGGUCCUGUGUCUGUGGGAUGUAUCCCGUCAGCUGUGUGUCCACCGUCUGGUUGGUGUCUUCCCAAAGACACAGGAGGACACGCACACUCUCCUGUUUCUCCACGAGGAGCGGCAACUCUUCUUGCUUUCCUUCAACAGCCUGCUGCUCCUGCUGGAGACCACAGAGGAGGAGAAGAGGACCAGCAGCCAUGAGCACCCUGUUACCUGUGUGCUGUUUAAUAGUCUAUUCAGACAGGUAGUCAGCAGCGACUCUGCCUCCUCUGUGAUCUGCUGGCUGGCUGACACGGGCCAAAAGGUCAAGCAGUUCCACCGCUGCCAUGGCAACGCUGAGAUCUCCACCAUGGCCCUGGAUGGUACGCAGACCCGGCUGUUUACUGCAGGCACUGACGGAGAGGUCAAAGUAUGGGACUUUAAUGGCCGCUGCCUCCACAGAAUGAAGGCCAGCCUGGGUCAGGCUGUGGAGAUCUCACAGGUCCUGCUGCUGAAGAGGAGUAUACUGGUGAUGGGCUGGGAAAGGAUGGUAACAGUUUUCCGUCUGCAUUCAUUCUCACAGUCUUUUGUUGAGCCGUCAGACUGGAAGGGUGGCGCUCAGCACCGCAGUGACGUCCUCUGUGCCGCUUUUCUGCCUCAACACACUCUAGUCACAGCUCUUGCACUUUGUUUCGUCCCGUGUCUGAUGUGUGCAGGAAGCUAUGAUGGAGAGAUUAUAGUGUGGAACAACAGCACAGAGAAAGCUUUGAGAAAACUGCGGCCACAUGCUGAACACAGAGAAGAUAAUUUUCCAGAUUCUCAUCUUGGUGUGAAUGGGAGAGAAGACUCUGAUAACUCCAUUGCCGUCACUAGAUUGUUCUUCAUACCAGGACGCACAUCUGCGGCUACAGCUACAGGUGGUGCAGACCUGGUAUCAAGUGGAGGUUCGGGUGUGGUCAGACUCUGGAACACCGUCCACAGCUGUCUGGUGGGACAGUUCACAGCUCACAACAGGGAUCUGGGCUCUAUUGUUACGUCUGUUAGCCCCUGUGGAAAAUAUUUAGUCACAGCUGAUAGGGAGGGAACAGUCAAGACUUGGGACAUACAGCAUUAUUGUCUUGAUCAGGAUGACAGAAUAACCAAAGAACCUCCAGAACUUCUGUGUAGUUUCCACCCACAUCUCGAUCGUGUAACCCACCUGGAGAUGUGUCUCCAUGGCGACAGACUCCUCCUUCUCUCUGCGUCAUCGGACUGCAGCGUUGCUCUGAGCUACCUGCCUGGAGAUACCGUUGGUCUGUUUGGACAGGAGGAGCAGUGGUGCUUGGAGAGACCUGGACCUCUGCACCCACAGCAGGAACCAGAGCGGAACCAGAAAGACCAGGGAGGGCAGGGAAGCAUGAGGUCAACGCCAGCUCCCAGUGAGACACCCCCCGAUCCUGGACCCGGCACCUCUGCAUAGGGUGGAGAUAAAAGAUGAGGGAGAGGACGGCACAGGAGUAAAAAGAAAACAUUUAUUGAGGUGAAGAGUUGAGUCCAUCUAAAGUGUUUUGUGCUGGUGUUAUACAACUUUAGCUACAUUUUUACAACUUUGUGUCACUGUCUGGUAAAGCUGCUCACAAUUUAGAAUCGUACUGUAGGGAUUUAAGAUGAUCUGCUAUGAUUUUGAGUGGGAUUUCAGAGAAACAACCAAAGCAUUUUAUCCUUCAUUUUAAAGCAUCUGCAAGAAGUUUAAACUGGUAAUCAAACAGUCUCAAGUUAAUACUAUUUGACCUAGAAGAUAAGCUAUUUAUAUAUAAUUAUUUUUAAUGUCUGUCAUUGGGUCAAAAUCCCUGCAAGACUCAGAUUGUUUAAAGGGCAGGGGCGAAAAAAUAAAAAGGGCACAAUCUGCACAACAUGGGGCCCCACCAGCGUGCAAAAAGCUAUGAUGCAAUAGUCCUCCUCCUUGAUUACGAUUAGCAUUAAGUUAAAGGAGAUCCAGAUUAAAGUAAUUAAUGAUAUGGUACUGACAAUUAAAACCAUUGUACCAAACCAUGUAGGGGGGUCCGAGGGCAUGCCCCCCAGGAGAAAAUUUGUACAUUUUUAUGUAAAAUGCAUCAAUCUUGUGCACUUUGAGAGCUAAAUGAGAGCAAACACCUCACAUUCGUCAUAAUGACGCCAAAAGUAAAGCAACGCCUCUUUCGCAUUCCCCGUUCGUCGGCUACCAAAGAGAGGAACUUCUGUACCUUAUUAGCUAACCACAACAUGUUUUUUCGGUUUGCCAUAUUCUUGCUAGAGGGCACAUCAUCAUCAUUUAUUGUAUGAAGGGGCACCCUAGAGGGCGCCCAGUCAAUUUUUGCAUGUGUAAAGCGCAGCCAAUAAGGCACUUCCUCUCGUUUUCACCACUCUUGAGGGCACUUUAGCACGCUUUUUCAACCAUGGAGGCAUAAGGGGGCCCGGUCGCCCCCCUCCUGACCCCCUUGAGUCCGCCACUGACUGGGUUGGUGCUCAUAUAAAAACAUUACCACAUUUGUCCCCAAGGGGUGCCAAAAACAGCACACAAUUAAAGUUCUUCCAGUUGCUGUAAGUAAAAAAGUGUUUGGCAAUUUAAUAUAUAUAUAUAAAUGUUUUAAUGUCAUAAUAGUUGUAUUAAGGGGAACUAAGCCAUUGUCUAUCAUCUAUUCAAAAGAGCACGAGUCAGAAAAACUACUGAAAUUGCAGCUUUUCCCCAUUUUAUUUCAGUGCCUCAGGACAGUGUGGUGUGUAACAGUGAAUAGUCACGGCUGCCUUUCACAACCACAAAGAAUGAAAUAGCAUUUGUGAUGCUCCCAAUUCUGUGAUUUUUACUCUAAUGCUCCGAGAACAGAGAGAGACUGCGUUCAACAUUAUUUUUCAGGGGAAUUAGAGUGUUCCUUAUGAAAGUGAUUGUGCUGCUUUAAUAUAAAAGUCAGUGAAAGUUGGCGGUCUUAACUAGAGUUCUCAAAGUCAGUCCUCCCAUUCAUUGCCAACGGAGUAGCUUCGGGCUGGUACAUACAUUUGACACCACACAUUAGAGAUUUUGAUUUUUGAUUUUUUUUUUUUUUAAUCUGUUAGAUAAAUUUUAAUGUCAGGAAUACUGAUGGAGCUGUUCUGGUGUGAAUGUGAACUCAUACAUUUAUAGUAUUAUGAUUAAUAAACUAAGCCAUA